AACUAUUUAUUGAUAGGCGGCUUGCGAAGCGUUUAAUAAACGAAAACAUUUAAUUUUCUAAUGUUUUAAUGAAUAAAACUCAAUUACCAUAAAUAUCUUCCGAAAAUGGGUCUACUAUCCGACCCUGAAUAUGGUUCUAUGAGGUUUAUAAAAGUGUUGAAAAGAAUUCAUUACCCCCUAUGUUUUCUUUUCUACAUCGGUGCAAUAGUGUGGUUCUUUUUAUUAGCAAACCGGGAGUUUAAUAAUGAAACUUAUUUUUCGGAAAAUGCCUUACUCCCCGGCUUGGUAACUAACGAGUUUUAUGGCGAGCAAGCAGCUAAACAAUUUUACAAUGAAUUCCUAUUGGAACUUGAGGACAAAUAUGAGGAUACAGAUGAGAUGCCAGUACCGUGGUUGGUUGGAAAAAUGUCACAGCUACAUUUGGAGGUGUAUACACACAAUUUUACACUCAAUUAUCCUUUGGGUCAAGGCCAGGUAUUCAAAGGCACAAACGUAUACGGUAUCCUACGCGCGGCGCGCACCUCCUCCCUAGAGGCAUUGGUUCUGACCGCUCCAUACAGACCAUUGUCUUCACACCAGAAGGGAACGGCUGCUGGGAUCGCUCUGAUGUUGGCGUUCGCUCAGUUCGCUAGACCGAAAAAAUACUGGGCCAAAGACAUAAUAUUCCUAGUCACAGAACAUGAACAACUCGGCAUGCAGGCAUGGCUCGAAGCGUACCACGGCCUGCAAAGUGACUCGGGAACCUUCUACACUAAUCUAGGCAGUUUCUAUGAUCCUAGUGCGUCUAUAUUUAGUACUAAGAAGUCUAGAAGCAAACGUUUUGAGUGGUGGAGCGAUCAUAGCAAAUGUUUGAACCCCGGGACUUUGAAGGGACGCUCUGGGUCUAUACAGGCGGCUAUUAAUUUGGAGUUUCAUACGCCGAAGAUUAAAUAUGUUGAAGUAAAAGUGGAAGGUCUGAACGGCCAGCUACCAAAUUUGGAUUUGGUGAAUUUGGUCCACAAAUUAUGCGUUAAGUCUGGGAUUCAUCACUCGUAUAAAAACAGCUAUGCAUGGUUAAGAAAUCGUAAUAUGGACGCGUGGGUGGACGGCAUUUGGACAAUGCUCGGUAUGAUGUCCGCUCAAAUUGCUGGCGUGCCAAACGGUAACCACGGGCUAUUCCACCGUUUCGGAAUAGAAGCGGUGACCCUAGAGGGUCGGGACACAGACGACCCCUCGGGAACACCCCCAAGAACGGCCCAUUUAACCCCCGCUAAUUUCUACCGCCUCGGGAACGCACUAGAGAGCAUAUUCCGUUCCCUGAAUAAUCUUCUAGAGAGAUUCCAUCAAAGUUAUUUCUUCUAUUUACUGGCCGCGACGGAUAGAUUCAUUUCUAUUGGUCAAUAUAUGCCGUCUUUAUGCCUGCUUUGUGGGGCAUUAUUGAUCCGGGCAUUGUCUCUAUGGGUGACAAUACAGAAAGAUGAAGAACUCGAGAAAAAGAAAGAAAAAGAUACAGAUACGAACGCAAAAGAUACAGACGCCGUAAAAGAUACAGAAAUAGAAAAAGAUACAGAAAUCGUAAAAGAUAGCGACGCGGAAGAGAAACCAGAAGGCUUAAGGAGACGUGUGAAGUUUACGGAGAAAAAAGAUACGGAAAAGAUAAAAGAUAGUGUGGGCAAGAAAGAAAGAUUGGAGGAAGUGAGCGUCGUCAGUAUUGGCGCGAAUUAUUUCCUGGUGCAUUUGAUUGGUUAUGGUGUUAUGAAUUCGCCGAUUCUUUUCAGUUAUAUUGGCGCGAAAUACUUCGACAAACCGUCCGAAGUGUCAGUGUACUACGGUUUGUUAUGUAUGUCCGUGCUGAUAGCGGUAACGGCGCCGCUCUUGCUGAAACUGUUUCGCUCGAGGCCAAUCAAUAGAGAUGAAUUGACUAUUAUAAACAUCCUCCUGCUAAUUGAGAUGUCGACCGCGUGUUUGUGUGUCGGCAUGCACAAUAUAUCACUUGGUUUGUGCCUGUCAGUACUGUACACCCCCCUCGGGUUGUUGGUGGAUGUAGGAGGGGAGGGGAGAUGGAGUAAAUUCAUAACCACGCUAAAAAGACUCGUCUGCCUCUUACUACAACCGCUCAUCGCAGUGACACUAGCAAUGAUGCUAUAUUCCCGGGUUCUGUUCCCGGAGGAGGGAAUCAUGGGAGCAGUAGGGAGGGGGAGGGAUGCGGCCAUGCAGGGGGUGAUGUUCGCUAUUGUGGACUCGCUGAUUUACGGCAACUGGUUGUUCAACGUCGUCACGGCAGUAUUAUUACCAACGUGGAUUAUUUCCUGGCAAAUAUUAUGUACUUCAGUGACUGUUUGAUGUUUUUAUAAAAAUGU